GGCCCGCGGUAUCGGUGCCUGCGCCGGGCUCCGAUAGGGUGAAGCCGGAAUGAGGAGCUCUGUUGAAGAUGCACUGGACACCAGAGCAUGCCCAGCCCCUGAACCAGUGGCCAGAGCAGCACCUCGAUGUCUCCUCCACCACCUCCUCACCAGCCCACAAAUCUGACCUCUACCACAGCAGCCGGCAGCGCUUCCAUUAUGCCUGGGCCAACGACGACAUCUCCGCGCUGACGGCCUCCAACCUCCUCAAGAGGUAUGCGGAGAAGUACUCAGGAGUGCUGGACUCGCCCUAUGAGAGGCCGGUGCUGAACAGCUACGGGGAUGGAGCCUUUGGGCCACUCAAUGGGCAGAAAGCUGACGUGGAGCCGUGGCCAAUGUCGCACAGCUCGGACGGUGCCUACCCCCUGAAUGCCAUGCACGAUGGACUGUCUGGCUCCAAGGGGGUCGUUCCUUCCGCCCUUGGAAACGGGCCUGUAGGCGUUGGCAGCUCCCCUGUUGUCUCGGGCAACCUCGCAGACCCCAUUUAUUCCACUAACUCGUGUGGAGGAGCCACCGGCUCCAGCGGCCUUGGCUCGGCUCAGGAGUAUACCUCAGGCUACAGUGGCACCUACCUGCCAUCAGGCUACUGCAGCCAGCCAGCUCCAGCACUUCCCCCUCCCCACCCGUCAGCCCUGCACAGCUCAGGACUCCUGCAGCCCACACACCCUUCCUCUGCACUGGUCCCCGGCUACAGCUCCUCAGGUCCCAUGUACAACUACGCUUCAGGUGGCUACCCACCUCAGCCUGGCUACGGGGGGAUCCACCCUCCGCACCCGUCAGCCUCUUACCUGCCCUCGGGCAUUGCUGCACCCACCCCCAUCCCCCCGCCGCCACCCUCCUCCCGGCCCCCAGGCAUCCCUGGUUAUAGCUACCAGAGCUCCAGCCUGCCCCCCCUCCCGGUGCCCCCCCUCAGCAGCGACUCGGGCGGCUCCCUGAAACGAAAGGCCUUUGAUAUCCCUGGGGGGGAGGACGAAGCUGAGGGCAGGUACAGGAAAUACAGCUAUGAACAACCAAAGUCCACCCCUGAGUCGCCGUACCCGAUGUCCGAUAACAGUGAAUGUGGUGGCAACAGCUUUAGCCGAAGCACCGAGACCUCACAGCUGCCCUUCAAGGCUGGGAAAAGGCCGACGGGAGCAGCGGCGACUGUGGCCUUGGAGGAGCAUGUAGGGAAGUACAACAGCCAGUCCAUGAAAGGCCUGGUCUCCCCUCCAUAUGGCGCCGGGGAAGCUCCUCUGAGGCCCGGGGAGACCUUUGAGAAGUUCACCCCGCCCCUCGCCAAUGGCGAGCGCACAGGUGGUGAGCAGGGCCAUGCCUUCGCCCAUGGGAUGCAGGCCAAGCCGCAGGUGUUCAGCAGCCAGCCUGUGGAAGAGCAGCUGAAAAACAUAGACCCCCUGAUCCUAGAGCUGGUGAACAACAAAAUCGUCGACUGCAGCCCUCCCGUCCAGUGGACAGACAUUGCCGGCCAGGUCUCGGUCAAAGCCGCCAUCGAGGAAGAGCUGGUGUGGCCUAUCCUGAGGCCUGGGGCCUACACUGGGGAGAGCCGGCUGCCCAGGACCAUCCUGCUGUUCGGGCCUCGUGGAGCAGGGAAAACCCUGCUGAGCAGGUGCAUCUCCACCCAGCUGGGUUCAACCUUCCUGAAUCUUAGUGGGACAGCCCUGCUUUCCAAGUGGAAGGGCGAGGCUGAGAAGAUCCUGCAGACGGUCUUCUUCGUGGCUAGCUGCCGUCAGCCGUCAGUGGUGCUCAUCUCCGAGGUGGAGUCCCUCCUUGUGGCCUGUGCUGGUGAAGAAGCCCCCCAGGUGAGCGGCCUCAAGUCUCAGCUGCUUUCCUACUUGGACAACAUAGCUACCUCAGCCGAGCAGAACGUCGUCAUCAUCGGGACGACCACCCGGCCCAGCAAUGUGGAUGAAGCCUCCCAGAGGAGGUUCACCAAGCGGUUCUACAUUUCCCCGCCCGACAGCAUCGCCCGGCGGCAGAUCCUCCACCACACCUUGGCCCAGCAGAACUACUGCCUCAGUGAACGGGAGAUGGCCUCCCUUGUGCAGCACACCGAGAGCUACUCAGGCAGCGAGCUCAUCCAGCUGUGCCAGCAGGCCGGCCCCACCAAACUCCACAGCCUGCCAGGCCAGCUGCAGCCCACCUCCUACAAAGACUUCGAGAAUGCCUUCUGCAAAAUCCGCCCCACCGUCUCCCAGAAGGAGCUGGACUUGUACGUGGAGUGGGACAAAAUGUACGGGUCCAGGCACUGACGGUGCGUGGAAGGGGUGGACUGGGGGAGCCAAGCCUUCAGUCUCAGACUCCAGUGGCAUUGUUUUGUUGA